AUGCCUUCCCCCGCCGCAGGAAAGAGUGAUACCCCCCGCACUCCUACCAAGCUUGGCAGGAAGCCCCAGCAGUCAGCUCCUAAGCUGAACAAGCCGCAAUCGCAGGUACCCGACACAUCUGACGUUUCAGAGAAGGCCCAGUCGGCUGUCGAAGACACUAUAAACCAGGCACAAGACACCGCGGAAGACACCGCAGAGCAGGUGAAGGGCACUGCUGAAGAUACCAAGGACACAGCCGAAGACACCGCAAAAGAUACCCAGAAGAAGGCGGGAGAUACGACUGGAGACACAAAGAAGCAGGCGGAAGACGCCGCCGACGAUGCUGAAGACACUGUCGAGGAUACAACUGGCAAGGUAUCACAGAAGGGCGACGAGCUCUCCGAGGCUGAGCCCAAGCCCAUCGACGACGAUGAGGAUGAGGAGGCUGAGGAGACCGAGGACGACGCUACACAAAAGGCUGGCGACGAUGCCGAAGACACAGUCGACAACACCGAGGAUGAUGCCACAGACACUGCCAGCAAGGCCGGUGAGGGCGCAUUGAGCGGUGCUCGCGGUCUGGCUGGUCGCGCGUCCAACCUCGCCGGCAAGGCCUCCAAGGACCCUAAGGGUGCUGUUGAGGACGCAGCCGAUCAGUCUCAAGACAAGUCUGCUCUUGACGCUGCUGACGAUGCUACCGAAACUGCGAAGGACAGCGCUCAGGAGGGUCAGGAUGCCGUCGAAGACGCUACCGAUGACGUGCAGGACAAGGCUGGUGACGCCGCUGAUGAUCUCCAAGACAAAGCUGGCAACACGACGGAUGAUGUCCAGGACAAGGCCGUAGAUGGAAAGGUUACCGCCGACGACAAGGCUGGCGAUGUGAAGGAUACCGCCGAGGACGCGAAGGACGGAACCCAGGAAGCCGCCGACGAUGUCAAGGACUCUAUCGAAGAUCAGACCAGCGGUCUUGAUCUGAGCCUUCUCAAGGGCCUUGAGGUUGAUGAGGAGGGCCUCGUCAGCAAAGACGGCAAACCCGUCGGUCGUCUCGUUGAGGGCGAUGCUGAGGACCUUGCUGGCUACCCCAUUGGCGACAAUGGUGAGAUCCUCGAUGACGAUGGUGAUCUUGUUGGUCGCUGCGAGCUGCUCCCUGAGGACCAGCUUCCUGACAAGCUUAAGAAGGGCGCCGAGGGCGCUGGCUCUCAGAUGCCUCCUCUCAGCAUUCUCAAGGGUCUGACCGCCGAUAAGACUGGUCAGAUCCUGAAUGAGGACGGUGACUUCGUUGGUCACCUGGUUGAGGGUGACCCAUCUGACAUUCAGGGCAAGCAAUUUAACGAGGAUGGAGAGAUUCUCGAUGAUAAUGGCAAUGUCAUUGCCCGAGCCCAGCUCCACCCUGACGCUGCCGACCUUGUUGAUGAUGACGACGAGGAUGAAGAAGAGGAGGGCGGUGCCGCUGAGGGCGCUGUCGAUGGCGUUAAGGGCGCUGCUGAAGACACCAAGGACGACGUCAAAGACACCGCCGAAGACACCGCCGAGGGCGCUAAGGACGAGAUCGAAGACAAGGCCGCCGAUGUCGAGGACGAGCUCCCCGGCGUUGAGGCGCUCGAGGGUCUCGAGGUCAACUCCGAGGGUGAGGUCCUCAACGACGAGGGCGAAGUUGUUGGCCAGGUCGGCGACGGCUUCGACGGCGACGUUAAGGACCUCAAGGGCCUCACUGUCAAUGAGAAGGGCGAGGUCGUUGACUCUGAGGGCAAUGUCCUCGGCAGCGUCGAGCUUGCUGAAGGCGCCGCUGAGAAGCUCAAGGAUUCUGCCAAGGGCGCACUCGACAUCCGAAUCCUGGACGGUCUCAAGGUCAACAAGAAGGGCAAGGUGCUUGAUGCCGAGGGUGAGGAGAUCGGUGAGCUUGCCGAAGGCGAGGUCAAGGACUGCGCUGGCAAGACCAUCAACGACCAGGGCGAGGUCCUAGACAAGGAGGGCAAGUCUAUCGGCAAGGUCCAAGUCGUCGCUGGCGAGGCUGCUUUCGAGGCUCAGAAGGAGCUCAAGGAGCGCCUUGGCGAGGUCGAGCCUGAGGUCAAGGAAGUCGAGGUCACCCCUGAUAUUGAUGUUCUUGAUGGCCUGAAGGUUAACAAGAAAGGUCAAGUCCUCGACGAAGAUGGUGAGCCAAUUGGUGAGCUUGCUGAAGGCGAUAUUGAGAAGUGCGCCGGCAAGAAAAUCAACGAGAAGGGUCAGGUGCUCGACAAGGACGGCAACGUUAUCGGAAAGGUCAAGACCCUCCCCAAGAUGAUCGAGCAGCAGGUCAACCAGGCCGAAGAUGCUGCGGAAGAAGCCGAAGAUGCUGAGGAGGAUGCGGAGGACGCCGAAGAGGGUGCUGAGGACGCGAAGGCUGCCGCCGAAGGUGCUCAGGAUGCUGCUGAGGAUGCCGCUGAGGAUGCCGAGGAGGAUGCCGAGGAGGCUGGUGAAGAUAACAUGCCACCUCUUUCCAUCCUCGACGGACUCACUGUCAACAAGUCCGGAAAGCUCAUUGAUGGCAAUGGCAACAUUGUCGGCGAGCUUGUUGAGGGUGACGCGAAGAAGCUUUCCAAAGCCGGCAUUACCUCUGACGCCGAGGGUCAGUUCUGGGACAACAAGGGUAAGGUCAUUGGCCGCGCCCAAACUGUUCCCCAGGAGGAUGGCGAGGAGGAGGCUCCCUUCGCUGGCCUUGAGGGACUGACCGUCGUGAAGGACGGCUACGUUGAGGACAGGAAUGGCAACCGCGUCGGUCAGGUCGUCGAGGGUGACGCCAAGAAGCUCAUUGGCCGUACCGUCGAUGAGGAUGGUGAUAUCCUGGAUAAGAAGGGUUCAGUCGUCGGACACGCUGAACGCGUUGAAGAAGAAGAGGCUCCCGAGGAAGAUGCACCCGAGCCUGAGGACCUUUCUAUCCUGAAGGGCAAGACCGUCAAUAAGCAGGGUAACGUCAUCGGCGACGAAGGCGUGCCCAUCGGUCGCCUUGUUGAGGGUAAUCCCAAGGAGCUCAAUGGACGCCAGAUUGACGAGGACGGCCAGAUCUGGAAUGAUGCUGGCAAGGUCAUCGGUCGUUGCGAGCUCAUUCCCGAGAAUGAGCGUGAGACCAAGCCCGAGGGCAUCUUUGGUGGCCUUGAGGGCCUCCGUGUCAUCGCUGAUGGCAAGGUGGCUGAUGAGGAUGAGAAUGUCGUUGGAGAGGUUGUCGAAGGCAAUGCCAAGCGCCUCGUUGGUCUUCGAGUUGACGAGGAUGGCGAUAUCCUUGAUAAAUUCGGUAACGUGAAGGGUCAUGCCGAGCCCAUCGAGGAGGGGGACCCCGAGGAGGAGGAACCCGAGGAUCUCUCCGCCCUUGAGGGUCUUACUCUCAACAAGCAAGGCAAGCUCGUCAACCAGGAAGGUAUCCCUAUCGGCCGAUUGGUCGAGGGCAACCUCAAGGAGCUUUCUGGCCGCAAGUCUGACGGCGAGGGCCUGAUUCACAACGACACCGGAAAGGUUGUUGGCCGCUGCGAGCUGAUCCCCGAGAAUGAGCGCGAGUCCAAGCCCGAAGGUAUCUUCGGCGGUCUUGAGGGUCUUCGCGUCAUUGCUGAUGGCAAGGUCGCCGAUGCUGACGACAACGUCGUCGGUGUUGUCGUUGAGGGUGACGCUAAGCGUCUUAUCGGCCUGCAUGUCGAUGAGGACGGAGACAUUCUCGACAAGCAUGGCAAUGUUAAGGGCCACGCUGAGCCUCUUGAGGAUGAAGAGGAGGCUGCUCCUGUUGAUCUCUCAUCUCUUGAUGGACUCACCCUGAAUAAGCAAGGGUACCUCGUCAACAAUGAGGGUAUUCCUGUUGGUAAGCUCGUUGAAGGCAACUUGAAGGAGCUGGCAGGUCGCAAGUCUGACGGUGAGGGACUUAUCCACGGAGACACUGGCAAGGUCGUCGGACGUUGUGAGCUCAUUCCUGACAACGAGCGUGUCACUCGCCAGGAGGGACCGUUCGCCGGCUAUGAAGGCCUCCGCGUCGUCAAGGACGGAUUCGUUGAGGACAACGACGGCAACCGUGUUGGCCAGAUCACCGAGGGUGAUGCGAAGAAGCUUGUCGGUCACUCUGUUGAUGAAGAUGGUGAUAUCAUCGACAAGUACGGCAACGUCAAGGGUCACGCUGAGCCUUUCGAGGAAGAAGAAGAAGAGGUUGAGGAGGUCGACCUCUCUGCUCUUGCUGGCUGCACUAUCAACAAGGCAGGCAACGUCGUCGACUCUUCCGGCACCAUCCUUGGACGCGUGUCUGAGGGUGACCCAGCCACCAUGGUUGGAAAGAAGGUAGAUGGAAAGGGCCAGAUCUGGGACAACGCUGGAAACAUCGUUGGUAAGGCUGAGCUCGUCCACGGCGCCUCAUCCGGACCCGAGGGCCCCUUCGCUGGCUUCGACAACAACACUGUCGCCAAGGACGGCACUGUCCAGACUGCUGAUGGCUCUAUCAUCGGUCGUGUCAUCGAGGGUGAUAUCAAGAAGCUUACUGGACACCACGUUGACGAAGAUGGCGACAUCAACGACAAGAACGGCAACGUCAUCGGUAAGGCCGAACGAUGGGAGCCUGAGGAGAAGGAGCGCCGCAUCAACCCCAUGUCUGGCAUGCGUGUCAACAAGGAGGGUGACGUUCGUGAUGAGAACGGCGAUGUCAUCGGUCGUCUUACUGCUGGUGACCUUGGUCAUUGCGCUGGUCUCGAGAUUGAUGACAACGGGUAUGUCAUCGAUAAUGACGGCAACAAGGUCGGAGAGGUUACUCUUCUCGGCAACAUCCAAGAAGAGGAGAUUCCAGAGGAUGAGACCGAUGAGGAGAGGCAGCGCCGCGAGGACUCCGAGCUUGCCAACAAGAUGGCUGCUAUCUGCCAGCAGACACUGGAGCGUGUCCAGCCCGUCAUGAAACAGAUCACCGAGCACAUCGAGAAGGCCGACCGCACACCUCGCGACGAGCUCGACGAGGAGGAGUUGGUCAACAAUGUCAAGCCUCUCAUCGAAGAGGGUGGACGUAUGUUGAACGAGUGCAACGGCUCGCUCCGUGGUCUUGACCCCGAUGGUCGCAUUGCUGCUCAGGCUAAGGGCCGCCAGCAGACUGGUGAGGCCACUCCUGAGGAGUACAAGCUUGCGGAUUGCUUGAAGGAGCUCACAUCCUCUGUGGUUACCACCAUCGACAAUGCAAAGAAGAAGAUCUCAGACAUGCCCCACGCCAAGAAGAAGCUCAACCCUCUCUGGUCUCUUCUCACAGAGCCUCUGUUCCAGAUCAUCGCCGCUGUUGGUCUGCUGUUGACUGGUGUUCUCAACCUGGUCGGCAAGCUCCUCAACGGUCUUGGUCUUGGUGGCCUGGUCAACGGUCUCCUAGGUGGGCUUGGUAUCAACAAGCUGCUCAGCGGUCUUGGUCUUGGUGGCCUGUUCGGUGGUGACGACAAGAAGAAGAAGAGUGGAGGUGGCGUAAGCAACAUCCCUCUUGUCGGCGGUCUGCUCGGCGGCAAGAAAUAG